AUUUUCUUAAGAUUUUCACUGAAAUUCAUAAUUUUUGUCACUGUCAUUGGCAAGGCAGCUGAAAUUGGGCCUGGAAAAACGAUUUUUAAUUAUUUUUUACAUUAAUAUCGAGAACGAGAUAUAAAAACACAGUGCUAUUUAAUCGAGUUAUUAAAUCUCGCCAAUAUUACCUAAAAAUGCGAAUAGCGUGAUUUUAUGUGUGAACUCAUUGGUGCGAUUAAUUACAUGCAAAUUAUCCAGACAUCUGGUGUACGUUGUAAUUGUUGCCGUGAACGUUUUCGAUGAAUGGGUGUCUGGAUUUUUAUUACAAAUUACCAAGGACAUGUGCAUAAUAAAUCAUUGUCGCGCACGCUAUUCGUCAUUUUCAUCGAGCUACGGAUUAUGCUCUUCAACUGGCGAUGAACACUUGACCGCGAUAUGGAACGUCAAGAUGGUUGGGGUGGCGGAGAGCUGGGUGCGGCUGAGAAUGCCACCGAGCAUUCUCAAGCCGAUCGCGACCGGGUGCGGAUUGAGUUCUACGCCACCUAUGACGUCAUGACCGGCGUGCGAAUAGCCGCUACGCUUGGCGGCUUUUUCGCACUAAUGGUAUUUCUGAUCGUCUACAAGAGUCGUAGCAAAUCAGUAAAAGCCCUAAAUGAUCCGAAGAUUGUAGAGCUUGCUGAAGCAGUGGUUGCGGAAGAAGAAGCCGUUGAAGAGGAACGCCAGCUCACUGCGGCUUUAGAGGAAGCGUUGUCGGAACGUGCACGGUCUCGACCCUCCAUUGGUGAAGAACCGCCCUGGCCUCGCACUGCUCGCUUCAUGUCAUACGGUGGCGGAUAUGGCAGUUUGUUAGCACCUCCACGACGUCUGUCCACUCUUCGUGGAGACUCGCUACCGGGGUCUGCGCUACGGUUUGCUGAGAGGCGAGCUUCUGGUGGUCCACGUGACCGUCGCUUGAGCUCAGCAACAUGUUCCAGCUCUGGAAGUUCCUAUCUGGAGCGCCGUGGCUCGUCAGUGGUAUGUGCGCUACCGGAACGUCGACUCUCGCCAUGUCCUAGCGAGCGACUCGCACCACUCGCCUCAGUGGGGAGUGUAGGACCAUCGUACGCAGUGGAGUGUGAACUUGCGUCUGUCGGCGCGGACUCUGUGUUUGCCGAGGAUGACGCCGACUCUACUGAUGAUGAGGUGGAACAGUUUUCCACAGAUAGUGGCGGUGGUGAAGCGGCGGUAGCGGGAGAGAGCACGGAGCUAGCCACUCGGCCGCAGCCACUGAAUUUGCGAAUGGGCCAUCCCGCCUCGCACUCGCGCGAAACGUUGUUCUAGUCUUGGCGUCAUUUGCCAACUGUUACAUAGUGGUAAUGACAUAUUCAAAUAUCGACUUUGAACAUUUAAAUUUAAUUUUGUAUUGGCAUUUAACAUAUCGAAUUGACUUUGACAAAUUCAACAUAUCAUUUAAUUUUAAUACCCACCAAAAUUUAAUGAAAGGCUUAUGCUUUGCUUAGAAGUAAAAGCUCUGUAAAUUCGCACGGUCACUUCAAAAAGAUUUUUUUAACUUUCAGACAUUUAUUUAACUGGUACGAAAUUAUUGAUAAAGUCGAUAUUUUAAUAUGUCCUAAUAUAAUAUUUAUGUAAAUAGAAUGUUUUUGUUAAUUUGAUGUUUCGCAAUGUUAAUGUUCCAGACCACGGAAGUUAUUAAAGUUUUAAAUUGAAAUGACCUAUGUACUGUAAAAUACCAUGAUUGUUAAAGAAGCUGCACGUUAAUUUGCUAACAGUUGUUCUGAGAUAGACUGUGUAUUUAUCAUAAGUAAUCUACUACAACUGCUUCAUAAUAUUCCCUGUCUGUCUAUUUAUUCACCAAUUAGUGUUCUUUGUAAAAGUACAUACCUAUUAGAUAAUGUAAAGAUCUGCCGAAUUAGUCUUUUAUAGGCACUAUUAAAUUUAAUAGGCAAGUUAAUAGUUUUCGACGAAUUUUUAACUUCUGACAAUCGCCAUCUCUAUUUACAAAGAUAUUCAUUACUAUCAGGCUGCCUUCAGAUCGCACUGAAAGUGUGGUUGAUUAUUUGAAAGUUUGCCGACUCAACAUGGUAUUUGUAAAAUGUAGAUAGAUAGGUUACUAACUUGUUAAGGUAGUCGUCAGUGCAAAGUCAAUUUGAGGAUGUGUAAAUGUAUUAUAUGAGUAGGUACUUAUCGUUUAUUUAAUCUACCUUUAAGCUUAAUGAAGGGCACAUGAGACCAAUUCGUCCUUUGAACAAUAAAUGAACGCUGGAAGCGGCCUAAAUGUUUCGUAAUACCAUUGUCACUUUCCAAAAAAGCUGCGGACUGCCACUUUCUUGUUUAGUAUGUUAAAAAGAAGAGCGGACACCAGAAUUUUAUUGAUUCUAGUGUACUGCAUUUGCCACGCGCGGGCACAGGUAGAUUGACUACACACAAGUCGUUUUUAUUACGUACGAUUUAGAUUUACGUGUUAGUUUAUGUAUGUUCGUUGCUCGAAUUAAAAAGAGCUCCCGGUAGUCUGUAAAAUGUUGAAAUGUAUGUAAAAAAUUGUAAAUAUAAGACACGACUCA